AUGAUGGGUGAAGGGAUCAACUACUAUGCUUCAAUCGAGAAAGACACCAGCCUCACAUCCGAACAUCCAAUCCUCCACCUCCACGACAUGCAGACGCCGCGCCUCGACAUAUUGCACCCUCCCGAAGCGAAAGAGGAAAGAGGACACAAGACCGAUGACUGCAUAGGUAUGCGACAGGAAGUAGUAAGAAUGUUAAAUCGGGGAUACCUGAACGAACUGCUGAGCAACAGAGGACGAGCCAAUUUUGCUCGAGGGCACAAUCAAACUCAAAGACCUCCAAAGCCACCAUCACCCUCUCGUACCAUACAAAUGAUCAUUAGCGGCGGUGACGACACGGUAAUCAACCAUGUCAAAUUCACCACCACACAUAAACUCAAACGGACAAUCGCCCACAAAAAGUAUGACGACCUCGAAGAUAGUAUCGUCUUCGAUAAGUCAGAUACUGAUGAUUUAUCUUUCCCUCACUAUGAUGCUUUGAUUAUAACAUUACGCAUCGCAGAUACCGAUGUUAAAAGAAUAAUGGUGGAUGACGAAAGUGGCGCGUGUAUUGUUCAUCCAUGA